AUGAUCUUUCCCAUCUUCAACAUGCCUUGCCUCCACAACCAUCACCAACCACCUCACAUCCACCACUCUCGUGACCCUCAUGACGGUGAAAUAUCGUCCUCUGCAGCCAUUGGUCUGGCCAUUGGAAUCGCUCUCGUUGCAGUCAUCGUCGCUGCUCUCGUCUACUUUUGGUGCUGGCGCCAACACCGCCACAAGAGGCAUCGACGGCAGAACUCUCAUCGCCGCGAGAAUCACGUCAACCAAUCCCCAGCUGAAAUGGAGCAGACGCAGCAAAGACAGGAUGGCAGCACGCAAACCGAACAGGAACCUCCGCUACCAAAGGUUCCCCUGUCCAUUCACCAUCAUCAGCAUGAUGACAAGCAUUUCCAUGGCGACCACUUCCAUAAUCAUCAACAUGAAGACGACCAUAUCCUAGAUCGUCCUGAUUACAACAGUGACCAAGAUUAUCACGGCCACCAUCGCCAACGCCACCACCGCUUCCACCGCAGUCACCAGAUUCUUCUCCCCCGAGAUCCCAUCGCCGACUUUGAGAAGCUCAUGAGCCCUCUUUCUCCGGGAAUCCCAAAUGCUACUCGUGCAGAAUUGGAAGCCAUUCUCAAUGGUCUCGAUAUCCCGCUACCAAAUGAGGCCACGCAGACGAAUGGUCAUGCUGAUGUUAAUGCCAAUGAGCAAGGGACUGCACGCCGCGAGGAGGAGUCGAGGGAGAGACGAAAGAAGCGGCAUCAUCACCAUCAUCGCCAUCACCACUGUCAUCGUCGUCAUAAGCGAGUGACAAUUCGUUGA